UGUGAAAAUGCUGAAACAGUCAGGCUAGCAACGUGCUCCCAGCAAAAACAACGAGAGCGCGAGCGAGACGAAUAUUGUUCGCUUGGCAGCGAAAAAAAACGACUCAUAAGUUUUUUUGUGUCGUGAAGUUCCGUUUGGACGUUUAUUUUCUUAACAAUUGAGUGCGCCUUAAUUGUGUUUUCUUCGGUUUAUUUGCAACGCAAACGUUGUUUUUGCGCCUUGCCCAGAAGCUCAGCAAAGAGACGAUAAGAAAACGAAUAGAGGCAAAAGAUUCCAAAAAGCGAUUGAAUUGAAAUAAUGUUGAGGGCGCCAUGAAGAAAGUUGAAACUAAACAAAAUAUAUCUUUUGUUGCGAAUUUGUUAAGCAUAAUGUAAAAAUGUAUUAUUUGUAUUGGCAGUAUUGCGUAAAAUGCGCUUGCGUGUGGCCCCAAAAUCUCGAAUUGAAAGGCAAGAAGGGUAAAGUGAAGUGAGCAGCAGAGCAGAGUAGAGCAGCGCAGCGCAGCGACGCCAGCAGAGCCGCAGCAGCGACGCCAGCAGAUCAGGAGUGGAAGCCGAAAUUGCCGAAAGAGUACACAAGAGCCUGGAGCGUCUGUUCUGAGAAAUAAAAUAAAGGAAUAGGAGCCUAGACGAAAGGACAGCGCCAGGCAUCGUACCUCGACGCCAACCAAAACCGAAGAAAAGUCAUCAAACACAGACUCACACACACAAAACACACAUCAUGGAGCUUCGCGUGGGCAACAAGUAUCGCCUGGGCCGCAAGAUCGGCUCGGGAUCCUUCGGUGACAUCUACCUGGGCACAACAAUCAACACCGGCGAGGAAGUGGCCAUCAAACUGGAGUGCAUCCGCACGAAACACCCGCAGCUCCACAUCGAGUCAAAGUUCUACAAGACGAUGCAAGGAGGCAUUGGGAUACCGCGGAUCAUCUGGUGUGGCAGCGAAGGUGACUACAAUGUGAUGGUCAUGGAGCUGCUUGGUCCAUCGCUGGAGGAUCUGUUCAAUUUCUGUUCGCGCCGUUUCUCCCUAAAGACGGUACUGUUGCUGGCUGACCAGAUGAUCUCUCGCAUCGACUAUAUACACUCGAGGGAUUUCAUUCAUCGUGACAUCAAGCCGGACAACUUUCUGAUGGGCCUGGGCAAGAAGGGCAACCUGGUGUACAUUAUCGACUUUGGCCUGGCCAAAAAGUUCCGGGAUGCACGCUCGCUGAAACACAUUCCCUAUCGGGAAAACAAGAACCUCACGGGCACCGCUCGCUACGCCUCGAUUAACACACAUCUGGGUAUCGAGCAGUCGCGACGCGACGACUUGGAGUCGUUGGGCUACGUUCUGAUGUACUUCAAUUUGGGCGCCUUGCCCUGGCAGGGCCUGAAGGCCGCCAACAAGCGACAGAAGUACGAGCGCAUCUCUGAGAAAAAGCUCUCCACCUCGAUCGUGGUGCUGUGCAAGGGCUUCCCCAGCGAAUUUGUCAACUAUUUGAAUUUCUGCCGCCAAAUGCAUUUCGACCAGCGGCCAGACUACUGCCACCUGCGUAAGCUGUUCCGGAAUCUGUUCCAUCGUCUGGGCUUCACUUACGACUAUGUGUUUGACUGGAAUCUGCUGAAGUUCGGUGGUCCCCGCAAUCCCCAGGCCAUUCAGCAGGCGCAGGACGGUGGUGAUGGUCAGGCGGGACACGAUGCCGUUGCUGCGGCAGCGGCGGUGGCCGCGGCGGCCGUUGCCUCGUCGCAUCAACAACAACAGCACAAGGUGAAUGCGGCGCUCGGCGGUGGCGGCAGUUCGGCCCAGCAACAGCUCCAGGGCGGACAGAGCCUGGCGAUGUUGGGCGGCGUGGGCGGAAAUGGUGGUGGAAACGGAAGCCAGCUCAUCGGAGGCAACGGACUCAACAUGGACGACUCGAUGGCGGCCACCAAUUCGUCGAGACCACCGUACGAUACACCCGAAAGACGUCCCUCGAUACGGAUGCGCCAAGGGGGCGCUGGCGGAGGCGGCGGCGGUGGUGGUGUCGGCGUGGGUGGAAUGCAGGGCGGCGGCGUGGGGAACGCCAAAUAAUAUUUUAUCGUUUAGAUGCGACGCUGGACACGACACAGUAGACAAACAAACAAAAACUCAGCAACUAUACAUGUAGAAUAUAGAGUUAUAUAUAUACCUAAUAUAUAUAAUACUUGCUUUAUAUAUGCGGUAAAACAUGUUGAAUGUAUCCGAAACGGCAGGCGGACCAGGUCCCUGUCAGCGAGGAGAAAUCAUAAGAGCCAGAAUAGAGAAGAUAAGAGGAGCAGGAGCAGGAGCAGGAGCAGGAGCAGAGCAGAGAAGAGAAGAGAAGAUCCGAGAGCAAAGCGCAGCGCUUUCCUUUUUUUUGUACAUUUACGUUUUGUUUUUUGACAUUUAGUUUCUGCUCCAGAAUGUUGAACGGGCGCGUUUAUUAUUAAUUAUGUAGCCUAUGAUUAAUUUAAUUUAUAAAUUUAGUACAUAAACGAUUGCAACUUGGCUGCAAGAAACGGCAUCAAACCUGUUCAAUUGAUUUGAGAAAUAGCAGCCACCACAGCAGUUGGAGAAGAGUCUGGGGUUGGGAGCCAGGAUAGCAAGCAUUUAUUCUGUUUUGCAUUUGAUAACUUCGAUUCUGCCACUAGAUCUUCAGGCUCAAUGCAGAUAAUUGCAGUUAUUGAUACGAAUCCCCUCCCAACUGAACAAAGCAGCAGCAGAUUAUCGCAAAAAUAAACAUACCUAUGUUGAAAUAUUCGAAACAAGAUCACACACACACCCACACGUAUAUAUAAAUAAUUAAUUGAUUCUAAGUGUAAUAAUUGUGUAAAAGAAACAAAGGACACCCUGAUCGUGUAAGGCACGUGUCCCUAACCCCUAGGCUAGGUAUUAGCGAUAGCGAAACCCAUUCAUAAAAGGAUCAUAAACCACAUGUAACUUAAGCUGAAGCUGAAGCUGAUUUCGGGGCGCAAUCGAACGAUUAUCAUAUAGGACGGGGGCGGCGACGUCGUUCUUUUUAGCUUUAAGCAACGCUCCGAUUUGUAAGAUCCCUCCUAUGUUACUGUGUUCAUAUAUAAUUUCCUUCAUAUUUAAAAGUCCUUUUUUUUCCUUUUCGUAUCUGCGCGCAUUUCUCAAGCGGAAGGAUAGGCAUAGGCCCUUUUGUUUAUGCAACAAAACCAUGUAACUAAGAUAGAGAGAGCGUAUAAAUAGCGUUUAGAGAUAAAACACAAACAACAAAUUUGCAUUAACGUUUCGAUUUAAUACAAAGAAGCACCCACAACACAGUCGAUGUUAGGCGCUAAAAUUAUAUAACGCUAGCUAAUAAAUUAUAGCUAUAAUAUGAAAUUUGUCUAUAAGUAAUACCAAACCGUAAAACAAAAUAAAAAACAAAAAAAUGCAAAAAAAAAAAACAAAACAAAAUCUAAAUUCUAAAUGCGCCAAGAAAUAAAUAACAAACAAAAAAAAUGGGUUUAAACGAUAAAAUAUAUAUAUAAAUAUACGAACUAUAUCUUAUGAGAACACGUAAAAUGUAAAACCCCAGAGUGCUCGGCUGGCAGUCCAAGAACUAAUAAAUUAAUCAAACACAAAAUCGGAUCACUGAGAGCUGCUGAAGCCACUUAAAACUUAAAAUAAAAUGCAUUACGUGAUAUUUCUUACAAAUUGUUUUGUUGAUUUACCUGAACUCGAUUUCUCAGUUAUGUUUUUUGAUCAGAACUACCAAGUAUACAUAUAUCCAAGUGCACGCCUUGUAACUCGACCAACUUUGUAUACACCAGCCGGCGAUCGGGGAUCCUCCAUUAGAUAGCCCUUCCCUCAAAUCCCCUCCCAAUCCUAAUCUCCCAAUGAAAUAGAACGUUAAUGAAACAACACCGAGUUAGUAACCAAAUAAUAAGUGUACAUAUGAAAUAUCCGAAUUAAACUAACACGUAAACAAAUUUAAAAAUAUAUGUGUGAUUUUCCUCCUAGCAUACAAGAGAUCUAAAUAAUUAGCAUUUUAUUGAGAAACAAAAAAGAACGCAAAUUCAAAAACAAAUAUAAAAAAGCAAAAACACUAACAAUUGAUUCAUAAUAAUUAUGAGCCACUAAAAAUGGAAACCUAUCGAUCGAGUAUGAAAAGUCCAUUCAGCAUAAGCGAAAAUAGAGAAACUAAAAAAUUAACACGAAGCGUAAUUUCGAGGAUUUUGUAUAAUUAACUGUAUAUGUAUAUUGAGAAUAGAACUUUUGAACUAAAUAACUUAUGGCCGGAAAUAUGGAGUAUCAUGAGCGUUAUGAGGGAAAAAUCAUUAACAAACCACCAACAGUGAUAUGGAAUACAAAACAAAACAAAAAAUUAAUUAACCGAUAAAACAAGAGACGAACUCAACAAAUCUGAAGACGUAUGAUAAAACGGAAAUCGAAAGAUUUAAUGAAUAAGUGCACGCAACAUUUAUGUAAUUAGCAAGUAUUUCGAAUUAAAAACAAAAACAAAAAACAAAAAGAAACCUAACAUGAAUAUGUAUGUGUGAAAAAAUAAAAGCCACUAAAUAAGCAACACCA